AGAUGCAGUGUAUAACAACUCUUUCCUUUCUGAGACGAUAGAUUGUGAACUCAGGUAGAUUUGGUUGCCAUUUCCAGUAGGUGUAGAGGUCACCUCGAGGCACCCUUGUUGGCUCACGCAACACGUUCCGCUACCCCAAUCAAACCCCUGCCGCAAUGUUUUCGAUCCGUGUACAGAAUGGUAUUGCCAAUUGAACAGAUGAGACCAUAAUCGGAGUAGCGGAGUAGCGAGGAAGUUAAUCUUCACAAGAGAAAUCGUGAAUAUGGUACUCGAUUCGAACAUCACAAUUGCUACAGAUCUGGUCAAUGAUGACAACGACACGGCCAGAGAAGUGUUAGAAGUGACACGAUUCGUCGUCCAAAAAAUCCUAAGUCCAACAGUAUCAACCAUUGGUUUUGUGGGCAACACUUUGAGUAUAAUCGUUCUGAGUCGGCGCCGUAUGCAAAGCUCUACCAAUGUUUACCUUACUGCUUUGUCGGUGUGCGACCUCCUUUAUUUAUUCUUUAUGGUCACUCUAAACUUUGUUCAUUGUUCUUACCAACAGCAACCGAAGUUUGCGUUUUAUUACAUGCCAUAUGCCAGAGUUCUCACUGACCUCUUUGGCAACAUGGCCGUUUGGCUUACGGUAUCGUUUACCGUGGAAAGAUACGUAGGCGUUCGUUAUCCCAUGAGGGGUCGCAUAUGGUGUACGGUACACCGAGCAAAAAUGAUAUCUUUUCUAGUAUUUAUAAUUUGUUUGAUCAACACGAGCCCAGAACUUUUCGAAAUGGAGAUUCUUGAGAAGAAACUAUCAACAUACAAUCAAACAGUAGUGUUCUUUGUGUGUCACAAUACAAAGUUCGCCCAAUCUGAUAGUUACCAAAUCGGAUAUUAUUGGUGGUUUGUGUCUUUCUUUACUUUCAUUCCAAUGAUCUUGCUGUCCGUCUUCAACAGUCUACUAAUACGUAUUGUUUGGAAGUCUUCGGUGAUUCGCCGAUCGUUAGCCAAUUCGAACGUAACUGGUCAAGCACAGCGCCAUGGAAGUGGUCAAAACAGGAUAACAAUCAUGUUAAUUAAUGUGGUCAUUAUCUUUCUUGUCUGCCAGUUGCCCUGGACUGGUCUUCUCCUUUACCGAACUUAUAUGGAUGCAAACGGUAUUCGAAAUAAACAACCGCGAAGCCAACCAAUGAAACGUGAAAUGGUGAACGAAAUGUGCGAUAAAAACGAUGACAAUAAUUUACAACGCUUUGAUAAAUCAAAAUUAUAAACUCACCAAUGAAAUAUAUUGUCUGAGAGCAAUAUACGAAUAUUUCUGUGAAAUCCUGACGUUUAGAAUAAAAGUAUUCCACAAUAGUCAAAAUAAUUUCUUCACGAUAUAUGACUUCAAAUAAUUAUAUUUACAUGUGUGGCAUACACAUAUAUAUAAUUAUAUAUACUUGUAUAUACAUACACAUAUAUAUUUACACACAU